AUGUCGAGAAGGUGCAAAUGGCCUUCGGCGAAGAGGCCGCCAGACGUAUACGCGAUACCAAACGCUCGAGCUCGAGAAGGAAUUCCACACGAACCACUACCUGACCCGGCGGAGACGAAUCGAAAUGGCGCACGCGCUCUGCCUGACGGAACGACAGAUCAAAAUCUGGUUCCAAAACAGGCGAAUGAAGUUAAAGAAGGAAAUCCAAGCCAUCAAAGAGCUCAACGAACAAGAAAAGCAGGCGCAGGCGCAAAAAGCAGCGGCAGCCGCCGCCCAAGUGGUGGUGGAGCAGAAUUAGUGGCUGCACGGGGAAAUUUCUACGGAGGAGCAACACGUCCUGCAGGCCUAAGGUGA